AUUAGUUUAUUAGUAAUAUUACUGUGUUGUAAUAACGUUUGUGAAAAAAGAUUGCAAUUUCAACAAUUUAGGAUAAUUAUUAACAUUAAGUUAGGACCAUAAAAACUUCUCAUUUGUAUUGGAUAACAUUUUGUAUUACAGAUUACAAGCACCUUAACUCAAAAUCUAUUCGUCGCAGUUUUGCCUUUGCAACACACUGUAAGGUCUUUGUUGUCCAUCAUUAUCGACGCUAUCCAAAACAACUCCGCGAAAGGUUACACUGGCUGUUGUAAACAUUAACCGCACAUCGAAGUCAUGAUUGAAGUUGUAGCUCCCCGUAAACUAAUUUUACAUUAAGUUGUAGGGUUUGUUUUACGCUUCCACAUACACUGGAUAACACUGCAAGUUGUAUAAUGCUGGGACAGUGUGGUAGGCCAGUGUACUCUUACUUUAACCUCUAAAUCGUCAGCAGGGUAACUGCUAGCAUCACAACAGGAAUGGCUAAACAUGCAGUGCUGUCAUCGGGGGCAAAAAUGUGGAGAUCUCUGGCCUGUGCAAAAUCAGAACUGCGUCUGGAUCUCACUCUUGCCUGCGGACAAUCUUUCCGCUGGAGAGAGACUGCAGAAGGCCACUGGACUGGAGUGAUAGGAGGGCGAGUUUGGACUCUGACUCAGACAGAUGACACUCUUUGGUACCACGUUUACGAAAGUCAUGACAAUCAGGGGGAGGGAAGUGACAUGAAGAAGAUAGCUGGUGUUUCUCUCCAGCUGGAAAACAUGUCAGAGAAGAGAUUCAAAGGAACUUUGAAGAAGGAAGAAGAGGAGCCGGUGGCUGUGACUUCAGUGCAGCAGGACACUGAUGAGGAAGAAGAGAUACUGAGUGAUUAUUUCCAGCUGAAUGUGAAGCUAGGGGAUCUGUACAAGGAAUGGGGAGCAGCAGACCCCCACUUCAAGCACAUUGCAGACAUCUUCUCAGGUGUGAGGAUGCUGCGCCAGGACCCCACCGAAUGCCUGUUUUCCUUCAUUUGCACCUCCAACAACCACAUCUCUCGUAUCCAGGGUAUGGUUGAGAGGCUGUGUCAGGCUCUGGGUGCCCCACUGUGCAAACUGGAUCAAACCUCUUACUACAACUUUCCUUCCCUGUCUGCGCUUGCAGACAACAGCGUAGAGGCCCGUCUCAGGGAUCUCGGUUUUGGAUACAGGGCUCGGUUCCUUCAGCAGAGCGCCAAGCAGAUUUUGGUCACUCAUGGGCUCACGUGGCUUGAAGGUCUACGCGGUGUCCCAUAUCUGCUGGCCCGCGAUGCUCUGCGUACUCUCCCCGGUGUGGGCACCAAGGUGGCAGACUGUGCAUGUCUUAUGUCCCUAGAUAAGACAGAGGCCGUGCCCAUAGACACACAUGUGUGGCAGAUUGCUAAACGUGACUACAACUAUGCUUCUGGCAACGGACAAAAGAGCAUCACUGAUAAACUUCACCGAGAUAUUGGGGAUUUCUUCAGAAAACUGUGGGGUCCUUAUGCUGGUUGGGCACAGUCGGUGUUGUUCUGUGCUGACCUCAAGAAGUUCCAAAAGCUGAAAGAAAUGACACAUCUGAAGCGGCCGAAGAAAGAGGAAAAUGAUGAAGACGAACUAAGUGCAGCAAAUGAGAAAACUAAAAUUAAGAAAGAAGAAAAUGGAACUUUGAAGAACAGGAAAACCAAGUCAGCACAUCACAAGAAAGCAAAGACUUCUGUCUACAAUGACGAAGGAAUAUGAGGUAAACAAGCUUCUUACAUCAGGAUUCACAUCAGAUUACGAUACCACACAUUUUUCACACACUUUGGCUAUCUUAAUUCAAAAUAACUUUUGGAAUGAAAUAUAUAGACAGUAUAUUUGUAAUGGUAUGAAAAGUAUUGAGAUUCUCAGGGUUUUCAUUUAUGGUGUUUAUGUUGUUUACAUCUUCUAUGUCUACUUUCCUAUGCCUUCACUACUACAGUACAAAUACAGCACACUGCUGGCUUUAUUUUAAAUAAAGACAAAAC